AGGAGAUCUGAUAGCCCGGGGUGAGGUUUCACCCUCCCCUUGGUCUCCGAGGGCGCCUGGUCAUGCCAGGAAAAAAGAGGAAAGAGAAAGGGCAGGCGGCCUCGGUGGGUGAAGUCAUGCCAUGAGGGUGGUGACACCUUCUCACACGACCUCAGGGAAAAUGCUGGGCUCCCAGCUGCCCGUCACGGAGCUUGGGGGAGGAGGUGACCUCUUUAUUUUUAGAAGGGAGCUGUCAUAAUAGCCCUGUCCCGAGCUUCAUUCACAGCGGUGAGCAGGCGCUUUGGGAGUUUGUAAACAGCAACUUUCUGAGUAAAGGAGGAGCACUUUUUUCCAAAAAGGAAAGAACUUUAUUGCUGGGGGUUGCCCCCUGAUAUUCAGGGGUAUUGUGGAAGACGCUAUUGUUUGAAAUCCUUAGCGGGGCAAGCAGGUGCGACAGCUGUCUGCACUGCUAGUAUUUUUAAAGGGCAGAAAUGCCUGAAGGUGAAGACUUCGGACCAGACAAAAGCUGGGAAGUUGUCAAUUCCAAACCAGAUGAAAGACCCAGACUCAGCCACUGCAUUGCAGAAUCAUGGGUCAACUUCAGCAUAUUUCUGCAAGAAAUGUCUCUUUUCAAACAGCAGAGUCCUGGGAAGUUUUGUCUCCUGGUCUGCAGUGUGUGCACAUUUUUUACAGUCUUGGGAAGUUACAUUCCUGGGGUCAUACUCAGCUAUCUACUGUUACUGUUUGCAUUUUUAUGUCCACUGUUUAAAUGCAAUGAUAUUGGACAAAAGAUAUACAGCAAAAUCAAGUCAGUUCUGUUGAAACUAGAUUUUGGCAUCGGAGAAUAUAUUAGUCAGAAGAAACGUGAGAGAUCUGAAGCAGACAAAGAAAAAAGUCACAAAGAUGACAGUGAAUUAGACUUUUCUGCUCUUUGUCCUAAGAUUAGCCUUACGGUUGCUGCCAAAGAAUUAUCAGUGUCUGACACGGACGUCUCAGAAGUAUCCUGGACUGAUAAUGGGACCUUCAACCUUUCAGAAGGAUACACUCCACAGACAGAUACUUCCGAUGAUCUUGACCGGCCUAGUGAGGAAGUUUUCUCUCGAGAUCUUUCUGAUUUUCCAUCUGUAGAAAAUGGCACAGGAACAAACGAUGAAGAUGAGUUAAGCCUUGGAUUGCCCACUGAGCUCAAGAGGAAAAAGGAUCAGUUGGACAGUGGCCACAUACCAAGCAGAGAGAGGCCGUCAGCAGCUGGGCUGACUCUUCCUCUGAACAGUGACCAAGCCCUAAACUUGAUGAGCAACCUGGCUGGGGAGGUCAUCACAGCUGCAGUGACGGCUGCUAUCAAAGACCAGCUAGAAGGGGCUCAGCAAGCCCUGGCUCCGGCCGCGCCCAGCCCAGGGGAGGACACAGACACUGAAGAAGGGGAUGAUUUUGAACUUCUUGACCAGUCAGAGCUGGAUCAGAUUGAGAGUGAGUUGGGACUUACACAAGACCAGGAAGCGGAAGUGCGGCAAAACAAGAAGUCUUCCGGCUUCCUUUCCAAUCUCCUUGGCGGCCAUUAAGCAGGGAGUGGGCUUGCAACAGAGCACAGACAAACCACCAAAAAGUUUCACCUGAGCAAAAAUUAAACAACUAAAACCAAAAAACAAAAAAAAGGAAAACGGAAAAAAAUUUGAACUGUAAGCUUUAAUGAUUACUUUAGAUUUUCUUUGUUUUAUUUUCCCUCCUGCAGUGAAUUAAUUGGCUAUGUAUCAGCUGACACGGAUAGAUUGAUAUUUCUGGUAGUUAUUUUUAUGUAAUAAGCAUGGAAAUGAACUUUCAUAUACAUAUAGACCAUGUUGUCAGAAAUAUUAGGAGUUGUUUUUAAAGCAAAAAGAAAUAAAAACCGAACACCAAAUUAUUAAGAUCUUUCUAUAAGUAUUCUUUAUAAUUAAUUUUCAAGCAUGCAAAAGUUUAUUGUAACCCACUGAAAAUAUUAACAAUUAAUGUGAAUACAUGCUGUCUCAGCUCCCUUGUUCCUAAUACUUGGAAAUAAUUUUUUAAAACUGGUAAGUUUAGAUGUAAAAAGACAGAAAUUAUCAAAAUAUCUUUUAGUUGAAGGACUUGGGAAAUAUUUUCAAAAUUAAUGUAAAAACUAAGAACUACAGCUGGGCUGGAACAUUUCCAUGUUCUUUCUGCAAUUGUAGAUUGAGGCAGGCUUCUAAAGUGGCAUGCUUAUUGACUGCCACCUCCAGUCUUGUGACGGGCGGUCCUAACCCAGAGAAAGCACGUAGUUCUGUAUCACACAGAUGGAAGUUAUGAUUAACCAGAGAUGUGGCUGUUUUGUUGUUCAUUUUGGUCCGCUGUAAUUGGGAUGUCAUGAGUACCGAUCUAUUCUGCCUGCUCACACCUAAGUUAAAUGUUCCUAUUUUAUAUCGUGUCAUGGGAAAUGUCGCCUAAAAUUGUGAAACUAGUUAUUGAUAUGUUCUAUGAAUCAUGUUGUCAUCUCAAUAAAGAAAUAAUAACUCUUGUUUUCUUAGUCUGUAUAGAUAGGAAAGAUAGAUGGCUUUCAAAUAUUUAUUUGGAAUUGGAAGUCUAAAUAUGUAAUCUGUUUCUUAUUCGGAAGCUAGAGUAUAUUUUUUUCCUUCGCCUUAAACUUUUUUAGAUCAUCUUUUAAUAAUCAAAUUUGGCUUACAGUUUUUAACAAAAGACUAAAAAGCAGAAACCAAGAUAGUUUUGUUCUUAUGAUACAAGCUUUUAAUAGUAUUGAGGGACCAUGUCAGCAACUGUAAAACAUUUCUCAAACCUUCAGGUAUAGCUGGCAUUUCUACAGAUACACAGACAUCUGGACCCUCAGGAAGGAAGGAUAAUCUAAGAAUAGGGGAAAUCUGUUCCCCUUCUUUCAUUUCAUCCCUUUACUUAUAUUUCUAAAGAAUAACUGUAGGUUAUUCUUAUUUUAUUCAAUUAAAAUUCAAUAUUGUAGUGAAGCGUCUCUUAUUUUUUCUUUCUGAGGUAUUGAAUUAUCUAGACUGAAUUUGCCAAACAUUAAAGGGAAGAAAGUUACUGACGGCUUUCAACACUUGCUCUUUGUGAUUGACUGUACUCGUGUCGUUAGUGCCUCAUGACUAUGUUGAUGUCCUCUAUUGAUGAUAUCGAGUGAGCCUGUGCCUUCAUUAUCUUUCCCAUUUUGGUACCGAUGUAAACCUGUGUUAGAAAAUCUCUGAGCUGUGUGGUUUGGGAAGGAUACAUCUGAAUUCUAUUCAAUAACAGUUUCUGGACAGGAGGGGGAAAAUACAAUCACGUAUUAAUAAAAUAGUCAUUAGCAGGAUUCUUUUUUUAAAAAAAAA